AUGGCCGAGAAUUCCGCGAAUACUCCCAAAUUACGAAAUGCCCGUGCUUGUGAAGCUUGUCGCGCAAGCAAGAGCAAAUGUAUCUACAAAAGCCAAUUAGGUGUGUGCCAAAGGUGCGAAGCUAGUGGUGCGCAAUGCAUUGUCAGGGCGAAAGCCCGUCCGAUGAGAACAAGAACAGCACGCCCUGGAAGCUCCAGUACCAGCCAGAUACCAAUUUCAGCCCAUUCAGAAUUCUCCUUGAAUCUACCUACUGUGUCUCAACCUGAUGCACGCAAAGAAUUGGUGGCUCUGCAUGAUCACCACAAAGACUUCUUCGGUGAUGAAAUCCCAGAAGCAUUGAAAGAUCGUCAAUCCUCGGAAGAUUCCCAUCGGACGAGUCCGUCGCGGCAAUCGCUCAUCGAACAACGUAAAGUUACCCUUCUUGAUGCAGAGAAGUUACUUUCGUCGUACCGCCAUCGGGCAUCCUCUUUUCCAUUCGUGUACAUUCCGCCAUCAGAGACUGUGCCGUCACUUGCCAGAACCUCACCGUUCUUGCUUUUGGCGAUUUUGACCUCUGCAUCGAUUGAAGAUCUUCCACUUUAUCAUCAAAUGAAUCACGAAUUCAGGCGUGUUUUGAGCUCCAAAGUUAUCGUGGAAGGAAAGAAGAGUUUGGAUUAUUUGCAAGGACUGUUGGUCUAUUGCGCCUGGUAUCCGCAUCACGUCAAUCCGAAGAACAACCAGUCUUUCAUGUAUAUGAAUUUAUGCAUCAGUCUCAUUGCUGAUCUUGGACUGGAUCAAGAGAAGCCAAUAACUGUCAAUUUCAACGAAAUUGAUACUAGACGUCUGACGGAAGGUGAUGACUUCUCCAAAGCGGCGAAGAGAGCCUAUCUUGGCUGCUAUUAUCUGUCUUGCAGUCUAUCCCAAGGGUUUCAGAAACCAAACAAUCUGCAAUAUCAGUCCCUGAUGGAUGUUCACGGAGAAGUUUUGAUGCUUGACGAGCAUUCUCCCGAGAUCUACUCUCUGGUGAAGCUACAGAGAAUUGCAGAGAAGAUCAUGAUGUGGCAUUCCUCGAAACAGCCUGCUGGCGAUAGUCAGAUGGAUGCUCUGAAUGCCGAAGUCAACAUUCAGAUCUUUCUGAACGAAUUGAACGAGUGGCGACACUCUACAAACGAUGUGAUCAGGAAUCUAAUCAACAUCGGAAUAGCGGAAAGAUUUGCAGAAAUCACAGUCUACAGCUACCAACUCGGAUUCUUACGUCGUCCAUACCGCGAGCAUCUCGUCUCCACAGCAUUCGCCGAGCCCGCCAACCCAUCACACCUAAACGCCUGUCUGACAGCCUGCAAAACCUUCUUCGAAUACAUCCUGUCACUCCCCGAGUCCAGCUACCUAGACUUCACCGUCGUCGCCUGGGCACAAGUCGUACAAGCCAUCGUCGUAAUCUCAAGACUCACCUUCCUAAUGGCCGCAAACAUGGGCUGGGACGCCAACGCAACCCGAGCCAACAUCCCCUUCACCAUGUAUCUCGACGCUCUCUCCUACCGCUUCCAGCACCUCUCCUCGACACCCUCUGAGGGUACCGAUCCGCCCAAGAACCCAGACGUCCUCUACGUCUUCAAGAUGAUGCUCGGCAGCGUCAAGAAAUCCUACGAGCGCCGCCUUAAUAAAAUCCAGCCCGAGUUCUUCGUCGAUAACGCGAUGGGAGUCGCGAGGGGCCAUUGUCCAGUCCUGGAUCCGGGUCUGAGUAUCUAUUUCAGUACGCCUGAUUCGACGUAUGGCAGCUCGUUUGAUACGGGGAACUCGACGCCGAGUUUCUCGGCGAUAUGUACGCCGUUGUAUCACGAUCUCUGGGCUACGAUGACGGGGUCGUGGGCAGCGGAGUGA